AUGAUCGCCCAAUACGUGGGCAAGAACCACCGACGAUGGGACGAGCAGAUCGCCCCAUUGCAGUUCGCGUACAACGCAGCCCGGCACGAGGCCACCGGAUAUACCCCGGCCUAUCUGAACUGCGGGAGGGAGCUCGCACUCCCGCAUCCGGAGGACCGAAGGCACACGGCGAACGAGGCCCCGCACCAUACGAGACGCCGGCUGGAGGAGGCCUACGAGGUGGUGCGCAUCAACCUAGCCCGAGGGUUCCAGCGCCAAGAAGCACAGUAUAACCUCCGCCGCCGAGCGUGGCGGCCCAGCAUCGGCGACCUCGUGUGGAAGAGAGAACACCCACUCUCCAAGAAGGCGACCGGCUUCAAUGCCAAGCUCGCCCCGAAAUAUACCGGCCCGUGGGAAGUACGGAAAAUCCGGUCACCCGUUAUCGUGGAUCUACGCGACACCCGUGGGAGAUGGCAGCGACACAUCCACGUGCAGGAUCUCAAAAACGCGCCCCGCGAAACCCCCCGCCCGCCGCCGACCGAGGACGACGCGGAACCCGAGGUGUAA